GGUCUAGAAAGAUACAGUGUGUUGGUCAUCUAAUUUGUUCAUUUAUUAUACUCAUAAUUCCUGCACAGUCAAUCACUUCGAAUACUUCGAAUUCUUGAUUUGUAUGUAUUAUAUAUCGCAUUUUAGGAAGACUAAAAAAUUCAGGGCGCGAAAUAGAGGAAUCAUAAAUUGCUAAAAUUAGGAUUUCAUCAAUUAUAUACGUCGAAAGUCAACGAUAGAGUCAAUUAAAAUGGGUAAUGCUCUUGUUACGGCAUCUGUGUCAGCCACUGAUAUAAUAGCACCAAUAUCUCAGCAAACUACCAAAUCUAGCAAUAUGAAAGAAUGUGGAAGUAAUCCAUCAGCAGAAUGUCCAAUGCAUAGACCAAAUCGAUUAAAUACUAUAGAUUAUACCAGCAAAUGUCCAAUAGAUAAAAUGGAUGGAAGUGAUAUAAAUCCAUUAAAUAUGAUGUCACCAGCAAAUCAACAACCUUCUCCAGGUCAGCCAUUCCCAUUACCAACGAAUAGAGAAGUCUCAUCGAUACCAAAUGCAACUAAACCUGGAGAUGAAAAUUGGCAAUAUCCUUCUCAACAGAUGUUUUGGAAUGCUAUGUUAAGGAAAGGGUGGCGAUGGGAAGACAGUGAUAUCACUCCACAAAUUAUGGAUGUCAUAGUAAAGAUUCAUAAUGUUAACAAUGAGCAAGCGUGGAAGGAGGUUCUCAAAUGGGAAGCCCUUCAUGCAUGUGAAUGCAGCAGUCCCAAAUUGCUUAGUUUUUCUGGGAAUGCAAAAAAAUAUUCUCCACGUGCACGUAUUCGUUAUUGGAUGGGAUACAAACUACCAUUUGAUCGACAUGAUUGGAUCGUGGAUCGCUGUGGUAAACCUGUAAGAUAUGUCAUUGAUUAUUACGAAGGUGAUAAGGUUUAUGAGAAUUAUUCAAUUGCAUUACUCGAUGUACGGCCUGCUAUGGAUUCGUGGGAAAAUGUUUGGGAUCGAAUGAAAGUAGCAUGGUGGAGGUGGAGAUAUCAACCUAAUGAUGAGCCAAUAUCUACUGCAUCUGCUGCCAAUACACAGUAAUUAAUAUAAAUUGAUACUAAAAUGAAGUAAUCUAGUUUGAAGUUUUAAUAAAAUAAUAAUGCCUUAAUAAUUGCGUAUAAUAUGACGCUUAUUAUACAUUAAGUUAUUGUUAUCUUAUAAAAGAUUGCAGAAUAUCACAAUAAAGUGAAUCAAAAAAA